AUGAAUCCCCCACAUAUUCCUUUCACCCCUUUCCAUUUUCCCCUGCUACAAGAACCCCCCGUUACUGCGACGGCCCUUACAGUCACAGUUUCCUCCUCCAUCGCCUCCAUCCCCGCAGCUGACUGGGACGCCUGUGCGCUGGACGCGGCGGGCGGCGCGGAGAAGCACAAUCCGUUUGUGUCACACGCGUUCCUGCAGUGCCUGGAGGAGAGCAGAAGCGCGUGCCGCGAGGAGGGGUGGUUACCACAGCACCUCGUCGCGAGAGAUGCCGACGAGAGGGUAGUCGGAGUAUUGCCUCUGUAUUUGAAGGGCCACUCGUACGGAGAGUAUGUGUUCGACCACUCGUGGGCCAACGCUUUCAUGCGGGCGGGAGGCUCAUACUACCCGAAGCUGCAGUCCUGCGUGCCGUUCACGCCUGCCACCGGACCUCGCCUGCUGGUUCGGGACGGACCUGACCGCGAGGCUGCGCUGUCGGGGCUGUGCCAGGCCAUGAAGCAAGUGGCGGAUGAGCAAGUGGCGGACGAGGUGAGGGGUGAGGGGAGGAAGGGGAGAUUUGGGGUUGGAAGGAAGGGAGGAAAGGGAGCUUGA